AUGGCAUGUGGUAUUAUAUCCCAAUCGUUCCGACUUCACGCCUUCAAAGCGCUAUGUAAAAAAUACAUCCAGUUGAGUGCUGCCAUGAAGACUGACAACUCUAGACAUUUCUCCAGCGAGCCUAAGAAUAUUAGUCGUUACCCCAUCCCGACCAAGAAAGACCUGCCCUAUGACAUGGUGGAGCGUAUGGAGCAAGUAGAGUCAAAAGGUGGCUUUUUGCCUAACGUGUUUAAAGUCCUGUCACACAGACCAGCAGAGUUCAGAGCUUUCUUUGCCUAUUACAACGAACUGAUGAACAAAGAGACAGGCAACUUAACCAAAGCCGAUCGCGAGCUGAUUGUUGUGGCAACAAGUGUUCAUAAUAAAUGUCUUUACUGUGUGAUUUCACACAGUGCAUUGCACCGUAUCUACUCAAAGAAACCCACGGUUUCUGAUGAGGUUGUUGUUAACUACCAUACAGCUGAUCUGUCACCACGAGAACGAGCUAUGCUGGAUUUUGCUAUGACAGUGUGUCGUUGUGACACGGUCACAGAGGAGCACUUUCAGUCUUUGAAAGAGGUGGGCUUCGAUGAAGAGGAUGCCUGGGACAUAGCUGCAAUUGCUGCUUUUUUUGCCAUGUCCAAUAGGCUUGCCCAUGUUACUGACAUGAGGCCAAAUCUGGAGUUCUAUAAUAUGGGCCGUGUCCCAAGAGAAAAGAGAAAGGAUAAGCCAGAUGAGAAGGUGAUUAAGGACUAG